AUGCGCGUCCUCCCCGCCCUCCGCUUCCGCCCCAAUGUCCCACGCCUCCAAACCGCUUCCCUCUCCACCUCUCCCUCCCUCCUCAAUGGCAAAUCACUCCCGCCCCGCACCCCCCUCCUCGACGCCGACCUAAUCGAAAACUUCCUCAAAGGCUCCGGUCCCGGCGGCCAGAAAAUCAACAAAACCUCCUCCGCCGUCCAGCUCAAACAUAUACCUACUGGUAUCGUAGUCAAGUACCAGGAUACGCGGUCAAGAGAGAUAAAUCGGAAGAUGGCGAGGCGGAUUCUGCAGGAAAGGAUUGAGGAGAUGGAGUUGGGGGAGGGGGCGCGGACGAAGGUCAAGGCGAGGGAGAAGGCGAAGAAGAAGGCGAGUAGUGGGAAGAAAGCUAGGCGGAAGUAUAGGGCGUUGGCGGAGGGUAAGGAGGGCGAGGGUGAGGGCGCUGUCGAAGAACGCGAUGCGGAGGUCCCGGAUGGUGUAGAAGAUGAGGGAAAGCUCCAUGGUUUGGAGAGGAACGUAGAAGCCGAUGAUACGACCAGGACGCGGGGUGGUUGA